AUGGAGGUUUACAUGGAUGAUAUCAUAAUUAAAUCGAAGAAGGUAGAGGACUAUUUGGUUGAUUUGAAGAAGUUGUUUGAAAGGUUGAGAAGAAUGUCAUCAAGAUUCUUCUUGAAUGGAGAAGUGUUAUACAAGAGAACAUCUGAUUUGGGUCUUUUGAGAUGCAUCGAUGAAGAGGAAACUGACUAUAUGAUGAAAGAAGAAGUAUGUCAAAUAUCAAAUAUUGGUGAUGUUAUGCAUGCCCCUUCUACAGAAUUGCAUAGCAUGACUGCUCCGUGGCCUUGUUCAAUCUGGGGAAUGGAUGUGAUUGGAACAAUUGAUCCUCCUGCUUCGAAUAGGCAUCGAUUCAUUCUAGUGGCAAUUAAAUAUUUCACCAAAUGGGUUGAGGCCGCAUCCUAUAAUCAUGUGACUAAGAAAGUGGUGUCAGAUUUUUUGAAAAAUAAUAUCAUUUGUCAUUUUGGAGUACCGGAGACAUUGAUCACUGAUAAUGCCAAGAACCUCAACAAUGAUAUGGUGAAUGGAUUAUGUGAACAGUUUAAGGUUAGGUAUCAAAAUUUUGCCAUUUACAGAUCUCAGAUAAAUGGAGCUGUCGAAGCUGUAAAUAAGAAUUUGAAAAAGAUCAUUCGUAAGAUGACUGAAGCACAUCGAAAUUGGCAUGAGAAACUGCCUUAUGGAUUGAUGGCGUAUAGAACUACGAUCAGGACUUCUACCGGAGCAACUCCUUACUCUCUUAUUUGUGGAAUGGAAGCAGUAUUGUUUGCAGAAGUUGAAAUUCCUUCCUUAUGCAUUCUGAUAGAAGCUCAGAUAGAUGAAGCGGAAUGGGUCAGGAAACGUUAUGAGCAAUUGUCUCUAAUUGAUGAAAAAAGGUUGAAUGUCAUCUGUCAUGAUCAAUGUUAUCAACAAAGAAUGGCUUAUACUUAUAACAAAAAAAUUAAGUUUCGUUUGUUUGAAGUCGGAGAUAAGAUUUUAAAACGAAUUCUUCCAAUGCAAGAGGAGACUAAAGGAAAGUUUGCGCCUAAAUAG